UCUGCUGGGCUCUCGGCUCGUCUGGGCGGCGGCGGCGGCAACUGGGGGACGGGCGGGUGGCGCAUCACGGGCGCGGAGGCAGGAGGAGCCGUCUCAUUGUUCCGGGAGCCGUCGCCACUGCAGGUCCCUCGGCUCUGUGGGCUCGGCCCCUGUCAUCCUUCCCCACCUCCCCCCACAACCGCCCGCGGCUCUGAGAAGCGGCCCCGGCGCCGGCAGCAGCUGCAGCAUCCUCCUCCGACCCAGCCAUGGAAGACUUGGACCAGUCGCCUCUGGUCUCGUCUUCGUCCGCGGACAGCCCGCCCCGGGGUCCGCCCGCAUUCAAGUACCAGUUCGUGAAGGAGCCGGAGGACGACGAGGAGGACGAGGAAGAGGAGGACGAAGAGGAAGAGGAGGACGAAGACCUGGAGGAGCUGGAGGUGCUGGAGAGGAAGCCGGCCGGUGGGCUGUCUGCGGCCCCGGUGCCCGCCUCCCCCGCCGCGCCCCUGCUGGACUUCAGCAGUGACUUCGUGCCCCCCGCGCCCCGGGGACCCCUGCCGGCCGCGCCCCCCGCCGCCUCGGAGAGGCAGCCGGCUUGGGACCCGAGCCCCGCGUCCUCGGCCGGGCCCACGCCCUCCCCUCCGGCCGCAGCCGCAGCCUCGCCCUCCGAGCUCCCCGAAGACGACGAGGACGACGACGAGCCCCCGGCCCGGCCGCCCCCUCCUCCCCCGGCCGCAGGGAGCCCCCAGGCCGAGCCCGGCCCGGCCCCCGCCGCGCCCCCGUCCACCCCGGCCGCGCCCAAGCGCAGGGGCUCCUCGGGCUCCGUGGAUGAGGCCCUCUUUGCUCUCCCUGCUGCAUCUGAGCCUGCGAUACACUCCUCCGCAGAAAAAAAUAUGGAUUUGAAGGAGCAGCCAGGUAACACUGUUGCGGCUGGUCAAGAGGAUUUCCCAUCUGUCCUGCUUGAAACUACUGCCUCUCUUCCUUCUCUGUCUCCUCUCUCAGCUGCUUCUUUCAAAGAACAUGAAUACCUUGGUAAUUUACCAACAGUACUGUCCAUGAAAGGAACACUUCAAGAAACCUUAAAUGCAACUUCUACAGAGUUCUCGGAGCAAGCAAAAAAUCCAUUUGUAGACAGAGAUUUAACAGGGUCUCCAGAAUUAGAAUAUUCAGAAAUGGGAUCAAAAUUUAGUAGCUCUCCUACAGCAGAACCUGCCAUAACAGUAGCAAACCCUAGGGAAGAAGUAGUUGUAAAAAAUAAGGAUGAAGAAGAGGAUUUAGUUAGUAAGAACAUCCUUCAUAAUCAACAAGGAUUACCUAUGACUCUUACAAAGUUGGUGGAAGAAGACCAAGUUAUGUUUCCACAGAAAGUGAAGAGCAGUUUUAAUGAGAAGGAAAUUGCAGGAGAAGCUCCUAUGAGGGAGGAAUAUGCAGACUUCAAGCCAUUUGAACGAGUAUGGGAAAUGAAAGAUGUUUAUAAAGAAGAUAGUGGUGUGUUGGCUGCCGGGGGUAGUAUAGAGAGCAAAUUGGAAAGUGAAUUGGAUGAGAAGUAUUUUGCAGAUAACCUGGAGCAAGCAAACCCUGAAAAGGAUAGUGAAAGCAGUAAUGAUGACGCCUCUUUCCCCAGUACACCAGAGGCUGUGAAAGAUGGUUCAGGAGCAUAUAUCACAUGUGCACCCUUUAAUCCAGAGGGCAUUGCAACCAAAAACAUCUUCCCUGUGUUAGAAGAUCACACAUCAGAAAAUAAGACAGACGAAAAGAAAAUAGAAGAGAAGAAAGCUCAAAUUGUAACAGAGAAGAAUAUUAGCACCACAACAUUAAACCCUUUUCUUGCAGCAGCACAGGGUUCUCAAACAGAUUAUGUCACAACAGAUAAUUUAUCAGAGGUGACUGGGGAAGUAGUGGCGAACAUGCCAGAAGGUCUGACCCCGGAUUUAGUACAGGAAGCCUGUGAAAGUGAGUUGAAUGAAGCUGCAGGUGCGAAGAUUGCUUAUGAGACAAAAGUGGACUUGGUGCAGACCUCAGAAGCUAUGCAGGAAUCACUCUACCCCGUGGCUCAGCUUUGCCCGUCAUUUGAAGAAUCGGAAGCUACUCCAUCACCGGUUUUGCCAGACAUUGUUAUGGAAGCACCACUCAAUUCUGUAGUUCCUACUGCUGGUGCUUGUGCAGGGCAGCCCUGUUCAUCACCAUUAGAAGCUCCUCCUUCAGUUAGUUAUGAAAGCGAAAAACUCAAGUCUGAAAAUCCACCACCAUAUGAAGAGGCAAUGAAUGUAAAACAAGUAUCAGGAAUAAAGGGAGAAAUGCAACAGCCUGAAAGUACUAAUGCAGUUGUUCAAGAAACAGAAGCUCCUUAUAUAUCCAUUGCAUGUGAUUUAAUUAAAGAAACAAAACUGUCCACUGACCCAAGCCCAGAUUUCUCUACUUAUUCAGAAAUAGCAAAAGUGGAAGAGCCAGUGCCCGAGCAUUCUGAGCUAGUUGAGGAUUCCUCACCUGAUUCUGAGCCAGUUGACUUAUUUAGUGAUGAUUCAAUACCUGAGGUUCCACAAAGGCAAGAAGAGGCUGUGAUUCUUACGAAAGAGAAUCUCACUGAAGCUUCCUAUGAGUCAGUGUUAGAACAUGAAAGUAAGGAAAAACUCAUUACUUUACCAGCGGAGGGAGGAAAGCCGUAUUUGGAAUCUUUUCAGUCCAGCUUAACCACCACGAAAGAUACGCCAUUACCUGACGAAGUUUCGACAUUGACCAAAAAGGAGAAAAUUUCUUUGCAGAUGGAGGAUCUCAACACUGCAGAUUAUACAAACGAUGACUUAUUUGUUUGUAAGGAAGCCAAAAUAAGAGAAAGUGAAACAUUUUCAGAUUCAUCUCCAAUUGAGAUUAUAGAUGAAUUCCCUACACUUGUGGGUUCUAAAACUGAUUAUUCGAAAUUUGCCAGGGAGUGCACUGACCUGGCAGUGUCCCACCAAAGUGAAGAUCUAAAGGCACAGGGUGGAGCUGGGUCAUUGCCCUGCUCAGCAAUGCUUCCAGAGCUCUCUAACAAGGAGGUACAGCCUAAAGAUGAAGAGCAAAUCUCAGAUGAAUUCUCCAGAGAUAGAGCUGACACAGGGAAGGUGCCCUUACUUCCUCCAGAUGUUUCUGCUUUGGACACUCACACAGAGCCCAAACAGAUAGACAGCACAGUUAAACCCAAAGUUCUUGUGAAAGAAGCUGAGAAAAAACUUCCUUCUGACACAAAGAAAGAGGACAGAUCACCAUCUGCUAUAUUUUCAGCAGAGCUGAGUAAAACUUCAGUUGUUGACCUCCUCUACUGGAGAGACAUUAAGAAGACUGGAGUGGUGUUUGGUGCCAGCUUAUUCCUGCUGCUCUCGCUGACAGUGUUCAGCAUUGUGAGUGUAACGGCCUACAUUGCCUUGGCUCUGCUCUCUGUGACUAUCAGCUUUAGGAUAUAUAAGGGUGUGAUCCAAGCGAUCCAGAAAUCAGAUGAAGGCCACCCGUUCAGGGCAUAUUUGGAAUCUGAUGUUGCGAUAUCUGAGGAGUUGGUUCAGAAAUACAGUAAUUCUGCUCUUGGUCAUGUGAACUGCACAAUAAAAGAACUCAGGCGUCUCUUCCUAGUUGAUGACUUAGUCGAUUCUUUGAAGUUUGCAGUGUUGAUGUGGGUAUUUACCUAUGUUGGUGCCUUGUUCAAUGGGCUGACUCUUCUGAUUUUGGCUCUGAUCUCACUCUUCAGUGUUCCUGUUAUUUAUGAGCGGCACCAGGCGCAGAUAGAUCAUUAUCUGGGACUUGCAAAUAAGAAUGUUAAAGAUGCUAUGGCUAAAAUUCAAGCAAAAAUCCCUGGAUUGAAGCGCAAAGCUGAGUGAUGCACAAGAGCAGAGUUGAUCUGGAAAGGGGCUCUUCAUUUGAUCACCUGGGGGAGGGUCAGGGAGGAAUGAAACCUUGACGUUGCUGUGCAGUUUCACAGAUCUUUAUUUUUAGCAAUGCACUGUAUUGAGGAAAAAUUACCUGUCUUGACUGCCCUGUGUUCAUCAUCUGAAGUAUUGUAAGCUGCUAUGUAUGAAUUUGAACCAUAGUCAUACUUGCUCCCUAUGAGGCACUGGUAAGCAAAAAUAAAGAUCUGAGAAAGCUGUAUAUGACACUUGGUUACAGGUAGUCUUGCUGUAUUUUGGGGAAGUUGAUGAAAGGUGGAGCUGACAAAACUUUUCAGUUUGUGCGCUGUGUGUGGUCUGUGUAGAUUGAUGCAGGUUUUCUGAAAUGAAAUGUUUAGAUGAGAACAUAUCACUAAAGGAAGAAUAAAAAAGCUUGCCUUUAUGAUAUGCUCUAGGUGUAUUGUGAAUUUUACUGUUAUAUUAAUUGCCAAUAUAAGUAAAUAUAGAUUAUAUAUAUCUAUAUAUAGUGUUUCACAAAGCUUAGACCUUUACCUUGGAGCUGCCCCACAGUGCUUGAUACUUCGGUCAUUGGUUAUACAUGUGUAGUUCCAAAGCACAUAAACUAGAAAAAAGAAAAUAUAUUUCUAGGAGCACUACCAUCCUUUUCCAACAUGAAACAAUGCCAUACACAUAGAACUCUGACAUAAACUUCAUUGCACAGACUUGCUGUAGUUACUUUCGUCACAAACUCUGAAUCUGUGGACUGAACCUAAUGCUUCCAAAAACCUUGUUUGCAAAUAUCAAACAUUGUUAUGCAAGAAACUAUAAAAUGGACUUAUACCAUUGUGGUUUAAGCUGUACUGAACUAAAUCUGUGGAAUGCAUUGUGAACUGUAAAAGCAAAGUAUCAAUAAAGCUUAUAGAAUUGA